UCUUGUGAGGCGUAGCAAGCAUCAGGAUUUUGAGAAAUAGCCCCCGACCACUGGCUGCAUAAUAAAUUGCUGCCCAGUUCCCUUCUAACCUUCCCCCUACCUUUGCCCCUAAAACGCUAACCUGCUGUCCCUCUUUCUCUCUCCCUUUUUCAAUACCACCAGCCUCGUAUUUUAGUUGUUUUUCCAAAACCGCGCCCCCUCGUUACUUUUUUCUGUACAGACAAUAUCCGUCCUUCGACCGCUUUUUCCUGGCAAUGCUUGAGGCGUAUCCGACACCGCAGGAGAUCACUGUGUCCCCGGAUUCGUUUGCGCUGGGAUGGCUCUACCCGUACGCCAUGCACUGGAAAAUGCCGUUGUUUCUUGCGCUCACAUAUCUCAUGCUAAUCAGCCGGAUCAACCCACAAAAGUCCAAUGUCUCGCGGACUCCUUUGCAUCGGGCGCAAUCGCCGCUGUUCAAAAACAUGGUCAUUCUGCACAACAUCAUCCUGGCAGCAUACUCGCUGUGGACGUUUGUUUCAAUGGUCUAUGGCCUCGCCGUCAAUCUGUCCACGUACGGCUGGCGCGACGGGAUCUGCGACACAGGGUUUACAAUGUGGAACAACUCGCUGUUCCAGCUGUCGUUUUACUUUUAUCUGUCAAAGUACUACGAGUUCAUUGACACCCUGAUCAUCAUCUAUAAGGGCCGCCGUGCCAGCCUCUUGCAGAUGUACCAUCACGCCGGUGCCGUUCUGACCAUGUGGGCCGGGUGCUAUUACACUGCCGUGCCGAUUACCUUCUUUGUUAUCACAAACUCGCUGAUCCACACGUGGAUGUAUGUUUUCUACGCCCUGACUGCUGCAGGAAUCAAGCCGCCUGGCAAAAAGCUGCUGACGAGCAGCCAGAUAUUCCAAUUUGUCUUUGGGAUCUCAAUUUGCUUCUUCUAUCUGUUCUACCCUGGAUGCCAGAAUGACCGCCAGAAAAUCGCCAUUUACAUGAAUCUCGCCUACAUCUUCCCGCUCCUGGGGCUGUUUGUGUCGUUUUUCACCAGGACAUACCGGAGGAGAGAGAACAAGCCCAAGACCUUGUAGGCUCCCACAUUUUUAAAUAUAUUUUCGGUAUCAGUAGCUGCACUUGGC